AGCAGCAGCAGCAGCAGGACUCAUCAAACCCUCAGACAAUGUCGACGACGACCAACGACCAGGAAUGGGCAGACGUUGGAUCGGCGGCCAAAAAGGCGUUUGCUGGCUUCCAGGCGGACCAGGCUGGUGGGAAGGGGCCCGAUUAUACCGAGAUUGGGGUUGUUGCGCAGAGGGCUUUUACGGCUUAUAACCAUGGCGGUGACGGUGGUGCUGGUGUUGGUGGUGAGAAGGGGGGUAAGAAGGAUCUUUCUGAGAUUGGAAAGGGGAUCGCUGCUGGAUUUGGCGGAAGUGAGAAGACGGAGGAUGGGAAGUCGGGAGGAGCUGAUGGUAAGUUGGAGGCUGGGAAGGGGACUGGCGGGGUUGAGGGCGAAGGGUUGGGUGAAGGGAAGAAGACCAGAGUCCAGGGUGAUGAUACGGCCGUCUCGAGUUCGAACGCGGAGGAUACCGCCGGCCUGGCGAGCAAGAAGCUUUUGGAAGGUGAAGAAUCCUCUACUGAGAAGACGGGGCUGGGCUCUUACAGCAAGCGAGAUGUCGGUGAUGGUGUCGGUUUUGAGAAGGGCGGGCUGGGUGAAGAUGAGGGCGUCUCUACUGGUGGUGAGGGGAACGAGGCCGACGUCACUAGGAGCGGCGAAACGACGAGCGGUCAAGGUACGUUGUUUUUCUUGAAAAUAUUUUCCUGCUUUUGGGUUGUUUGACUGACCUCGACCUCAACUAGGACUCCGUAGCUCAGGACAGCAGCCUGUUGGCGUUACCGGUGACGAAGAAGAGACUCUUGGGGACCAGUCGGUGAAGAAAUGGAUCGAGUGAGGUGACGAGAUAUUGCAAGGCAAUUCGUCACAAUGUAACAUUUGUGUCAAAGGGCUUCGCGAUUCAUGUUGAGGACGUUCGCUGGCUCGAAUGUCUGAAAUGAGUGAGUGACUCACUCAAGUACUGUUGCUCCAGCCGGACUGUUUCGAAACAGAGGCGCAGCAGGAUCAUCACCGGGGAAGGUGAUGGGUUAUUUCGCGUAACUGUCGGAUUGUGUGUUAGCUAGAAAAUUGAAGAGAGAG